CGCGGUGCGGCGCCGCUGCCGGGCAGAACGCGCCACUCCUUCGUGCAGGCUGGUUGUGCGCCGGAGCUCGCGGCGAGCAGAGGCCAGCGGGAGCCGUGUCCUAACAAGACCAGCCGUACUCUGGCUCCGCGACCCGGGCGUCCUCUGCCUGCUCCGCGUUCCCACCCGGAAUCGCGCUCGCCGCCUCGGGACCCUCGGACGCAGCCUUCGAAUCGCGCCCGCUGCAGAGCCAACAUGCCCAUCACUCGGAUGCGCAUGAGACCCUGGCUAGAGAUGCAGAUUAAUUCCAACCAAAUCCCAGGGCUGAUCUGGAUUAAUAAAGAGGAGAUGAUCUUCCAGAUCCCAUGGAAGCACGCCGCCAAGCAUGGCUGGGACAUCAACAAGGAUGCCUGUCUGUUCCGGAGCUGGGCCAUUCACACAGGCCGGUACAAAGCGGGGGAAAAGGAGCCAGACCCCAAGACAUGGAAGGCCAACUUCCGCUGUGCCAUGAACUCUCUGCCGGACAUCGAGGAAGUGAAGGACCAGAGUAGGAACAAAGGCAGCUCGGCCGUGCGGGUGUACCGGAUGCUCCCACCCCUCACCAAGAACCAGAGGAAAGAGAGAAAGUCCAAGUCCAGCCGAGAUUCGAAGAGCAAGGCCAAGAGGAAGUCCUACGGGGACUCCAGCCCUGACACCUUCUCCGACGGCCUCAGCAGCUCCACCCUGCCCGAUGACCACAGCAGCUACACAGCUCAGGGCUACAUGGGGCAGGACCUGGAGGUGGAGCAGGCCCUUACUCCAGCACUGUCGCCGUGCACCGUCAGCAGCACUCUCCCCGACUGGCACAUGCCCGUGGAGAUCGUGCCAGACAGCACCAGUGACCUGUACAACUUCCAGGUGUCGCCCAUGCCUUCCACCUCUGAAGCCACAACAGACGAGGACGAGGAAGGGAAAUUACCUGAGGACAUCAUGAAGCUCUUGGAACAGGAGCAGUCAGAGUGGCAGCCAACAAAUGUGGAUGGGAAGGGGUACCUGCUCAACGAACCUGGGGCCCAGCCCACCUCUGUCUAUGGCGACUUCAGCUGCAAGGAGGAGCCAGACAGCCUUGGGGGGGAUAUCGGGCUGAGCCUACACCGCGUCUUCACAGACCUGAAGAACAUGGACACCAGCUGGCUGGACAGCCUGCUGCCCCCGGUCCGGCUCCCCUCCAUCCAGGCCAUUCCUUGUGCGCCAUAGCUGGGCCCCUGGGCCCCUGGCCCCCUUUUGCUCUGCUAGGCGAGCGGGACCUGGCACCGGCAUGGCUGUGGUGCAGAGAAGCAGGACUGCUGUGGGCCCCUUGACCUACAAAGUGUGAUUCUACUACCAAGUGGGGAUGGGGCCGCCCUCCUUGGGAUGGUGGCUUCUCGGGGCCUGGCAGGUCAGGGUCUGGGCUCAUCUGGCCGGGUGAGGCUGGUCCUGCCUCCCAGGAAGAUGGGGUUCUGAGGCUAGUGGCAGGUGGAGGCCUCAGCCAAGAGCUUGCCCUCGAGGUUUUCCCUCUGAGCCCCACUGCCUGAAGAGGGUCUCCCUGUCGCUGAGCUGGCCUGAGGGAACAGACCCACGACCUCAGAAAAGCCCAGCACCAACCUGGGGGCUGGCUCUGCACUAAGAGACAAUUGCACUAAGUAAACCCUGUUCCCAAAGAUGCCUCCCUUCCCAGCUGAGCCCUGGGGACUGUUCCAAAGCCAGUGAAAUGUGAAGGAAAACGGAGUCCUGUGGGACGGUGCCCCCCAGCCUCAGAGGAGCUCUGCCCCGUUCUCUGCUCAGGCCGAGGGGCUGGAGGGAGAAACAUGGCACUUUUUCGUGUGGACUCGCCACGCCCUGUCGGAGGUGUACACUAACGUCCCCCGGGCUCCCAGCCCCUGCGUUUAUUUAUGCAGUGCCUUGCCCCGCGCCCACCGGCGCCCUCAGCAGGCCCGGGGAGGGAGUGGGGGUGCCUCAGUGCAACCUUUAAAAUCGGGAAAACUCCCUAACCACUAAGUCAUGUAUGACCACAGACAUACAUGUGUGUAAAUAUGUACAUUAUCUUUUUAUAAAAAGUGAAUUGUUCUAA